UUAAAAAUGCCUCAUCCAAAAAUACGUCAAGCUAUCAUCCGUGUCUCAAAAUAUUGAACCCGGUUAGUUCGCGCUGGUCUGUGGAGGGAGAUUGCCGCGCGCGUUUACUUCCAAAAUUCCCUGAAAAAAUACACCUUGAAUGUACUAAAAUACUUUAAAAAUAUACUAAAACGUUCAAUUUAUUUAUAACUGUGUGUGUUACAGUUAAUUUAAUAGUGGUUUUUCGUAUAUGUUUAAGUGAAAGUUAAAAUGCCUAUGAAAACCAAGAUGGCUGAAUUACGGUGAAGGUUUUCGUUUCGUUGGAUUUUCAGUAGUUUUCAGAAGAUUUUAGCUGGUUUUUUGAUCUGGUACGGACAACUGAAUUUAAUAUCGAUUCUAAAGAAGACUUUCAAAUAAUCAAACUGGAGUCAAAAAAGAGAUGAGGUAUCGGGCCUGGUGGCGUGGUGGUCGCGUGUGACAACAUGGACGUCGCGUGGGUGGUGCUAGCCGCCGUCUUCAUAGCGGCGCACGCGCAGAACAAUAGAAAUGAUGGUCCAAGGUUUCUGUCGCGAGGCCAUUCCUUCAGAACCGUGGUGGGAGACACACUACUAUUGCCGUGUCAAGUACAGAACUUAGGGUCGCUAGUCCUGCUCUGGCGCCGAGGACCGGCCGUGCUGACAGCAGCCAGCCUCAUGGUGACCAGAGACGAGAGGUUCCGCCUGGUGGACGGGUACAACUUGCAGAUCACAGAUGUAGGGCCACAGGACGCCGGCGACUACGUCUGCCAGAUAUCGGACCGCGUGGCACGGGAUCAAGUCCACACAGUUGAGGUCCUGGUCCCGCCCAGCGUCAGGGCGUCACCGGAGUCACGUCACGCGGCGGCGCGGCGCGGUGGGGCGGCCGUGCUGGAGUGCAGGGCGGCGGGGAACCCUGUGCCUACUGUAACGUGGCAUAAGCUUGUGAUUCCUGUUUUCCAGAAUGACACCAACACGCGGCUGGGAGAAGGUCCACAACUACAGUUAUCGAGACUAGAGAGGGGACACAGCGGCCGAUACGCCUGCACUGUCGAUAACGGUGUUGGUGCUCCUCUAGUUGCCGAGUUCCAGCUGCAAGUACUAUAUCCCCCGGAGAUUACAGUGGAGAGAUCCUGGGUGCAUACCGGGGAAGGAUUCAGGGCUGAGCUCCUGUGCACUGUGCUAGCCGACCCUCCAGCAGAAGUAACUUGGUACCAGAACUCCUUCCCGCUGAGUGCAUCGGAGCGGGUGACGAUGUCGGCGCGAGGCAACAACCACACUCUACUCAUCGCGAACGUUCAGCCUGAGGAUUUUGGGAACUACAGCUGUGUGGCUGACAACAGUCUGGGUAGAGCGAGACAGCACGUUGAGGUGUCAGGGCGGCCGGGGCCAGCUCGCUUCACGUCGGCUCCUCUUGCUCGCUCGCACACUCGAUACAUGCUCGCCUUCGCUGUGGAUAGCUACCCACCGUUAGAUGAGCUGAGAUUGCUGUAUCGGCAGCUGGCGAUAAACGAGUCGUUCCAGCAGCCGGGUCGCUGGCACGACGUGGUGAUCCCUGCGCCGGAGCCGGGCGGCGCGCUCACGCACCGCGUCACGCACGAGCUGCGCGCGCUGCAGCCCGGCGCCGUCUACGAGGCCAUCGUGCAGGCCAAGAACAGAUACGGCUGGAACGAGGUCAGCGACAUAUUCCAAUUCCACACGCUCGGUGGAUCCCACACAGCUCACGCAGACGAACUAACGCCGAUGUUCUCAUCAACAGAGAGGAUAAAGCUCGCGAAAUACGCCAUCUUAUCAGCAUUGUACUUCGUUUUAGCGCGCGUUAUUUAAAUUCGACCAAUCAGAACUCUCCGUUUGACAACUUUUUUAAACUGUUUAUUUUUUUAAUCGUGAAACGAUGAGACACCAACACGUUUUAGAUUUAAGCUUUUUUAAGAGUUGUGAUGGCUGUUUGUAAAAUACUGAUGCCAUUUUUUUCUAGUUUUUUUUAAAGUAAGUUCUGGUUUUUGCGCGCGGUUUUUGUAUUCUCACUUUUUAUGCUGAAAUUAAAUCAAUUUGUACACAAAUAUACAAGCGUUAAAAAAUAAUGAUAAAAAAUGAAGAGCAAAGUUAUAAUACGUAAAAUAUUCUCGAAACAUUUCAACUGACAUACAUUUGAUAUUCAGUGUCAAAAAUCGCGCGCAAAUCAAAAACCACAGAUAAUAAAUUAAAAUGGCUUUUAACGACGCUUAUAAUGUUAGUGUUGCCAAUACCUCGAAAAAUACUACCAUUUUGUAAAAAGCGCAUCAAUGUUAGGUUCCUUGAAAAUAAUAUUUUGAAUGUUAUUUUUGUAGAUUCACGCACAUUUGACUUUCUUAAUAAUUAAGUUAACAUUUAAGCAAUUUUUAUCAGUUUACAAAGAGAUAGGUUGUGUUUAAUUAAUAUUAUAUUACUUUAAAAAUUAAAUUAGUAAUAAUGAUGAUUAUUAAAUAUUGCCUAAGUUUAAUCCUUUUUUAAUCCACUUUAAAUUAAAAUAAUGUCAUAAUAAUAUUCGUGUACAAAGUCCUUUCUAUAUUACCGUAAGAAAACAUCACAAAUAAUCAUUAAUUAUUAAUUUAGUAAAAUAUUACUCGAAAGGAACCUUCAGAAUCUACAUCUACAUAGUAAAUAAUAAAAAAUACUUUUUAAUAAUUUCGCAUAAAACCAGCUUUUCACAUUUAUUGAGGAACAUAAUAUUUUUACUAUAAAAAAUCCAUAAUAAAGUGAAUUUAUUAAUAUAUGUAGUUAUAAUAAUAUUGUAAGUAAAUCCUGAAACGAGAAUUGAUGACAAGCCUGAGAAAUGAUACGUGAGUUUUUAAUAAAGAGAUUUUAUAUAUACGAAGAGACAGAUAAAUAAAGUGUGGGAAGAGAAAAGAGAAAUUAAAAAUGUUGUUUGAAUUCCUGAAUAAAUAAUUUUUACUUAGAAUUGCUAAAAACUGGUCAAGUGCGCGUUGGACUCGCGUGCUAUGUGUGGUUUCGUAAAAAUAGACUACAAAAAAAACAUUCACCAGCUAAUUUUUGACUAGCCAACCUUACCGGAGUAAUAGGUGUCCGUCUGAUUAACCUGUAAAGGUCCCUGUUUUGGUAUAAAGGAAGUGUUAGCGAAUAUGUUUAUAUAGACCCGAGUUGACUGUGUUGACUUUAUCGGAGUUACAAUUUGUAUGGAUAAUUUAUUACAAACCGCAACUUAACAUCGUGCUUGUUAAAGCAGUUUUAAUGUCUUACGGGAUUGAUUAAAAACCUCUUUAAUAAAAUCUCACGUAACCUACAAUAACAAUUGCAACAAAUAUGCAAGCGAAAAACGAAAAAAAAAACAUGACAAAUUUACACCGUACACCAAAACGUAUAAUUUACUUGUCUUAUGACAGUUAAAAUUUCUUCUGGUUUUAUUAAAUAAUUUAAUAUUUGACAAGGAAAAGCUAUUUUUCUAUUUUCUAUUAUUCCUUCGUGUGUUUGAAGGGAACUGAAGAUAGGUAAUGAAUGUCCUGAAAGCUGCUUAUUUCUAUUUCUUUAUAGAUUUCAUCUAACACAUAACUUUAACAUGUAACAUUUGAAUAAAAUCCUGUACUUAUGUGGUGUGCAUAAAGAAGUGGCAUA